AUGGCAUGGGCUAUUGGGUCUCUCAUUGCAGUGGACGGCUUUGUGGCCACUCUUCUGGUUUUGCCCGUUACUUUCGUCUUGGUGUCCGAAAUCCCGUCCUCGCUCCUUCGGAGUAAAUCUGUUGUCAUUGCACGAAAUUUCUACUCGGUCAUCAACAUCCUUGCCGGCGUAAUGACGCCAUAUAUGAUCAACCCGACUGCUUGGAACUGGGGCGCUCUGACUGGAUUCUUCUGGACUGGAGCUGGUGUUAUCGGAUUCAUCUUCACCUUCUUCAUGGUCCCAGAGUCCAAAGGGAGGACCACUGCAGAGAUGGACAUUCUCUUUGAGCAAAAGGUUCAGGUCCGGAAAUUCAAGGUUACCCAGAUUUCCAUUACUCACAUCGAUGGAGAUGGGCUCCCCUAA